AUGAAGAAUUUUAGAUCAUUAGUUCUUGUUGUGCUAAGUCUUAUAAUUAUUUUGAAUGUCGCACGAGCUGAUGCUAAGAGCAAGGUUCAUAUAGUGUAUUUGGGUGAGAAGCAACAUGAUGAUCCCAAGCAUGUCACAGAAUCUCAUCACCAGAUGUUGUCGUCCCUACUUGGAAGUAAAGAGGAUGCACAUGACUCAAUGGUGUAUAGUUACCGACAUGGCUUUUCAGGAUUUGCAGCAAGGCUCACCAAGUACCAAGCCAAGAAACUCGCUGAUUCACCUGAAGUUGUUCAUGUCAUGCCUGAUGGUUACUAUGAACUUGCGACAACUCGGACUUGGGACUAUUUAGGCCUCUCUUCUGCCAAUCCAAAAAAUCUCCUAAAUAAUACAAACAUGGGUGACCAAGUUAUCAUUGGAGUUAUUGACACAGGAGUGUGGCCAGAGUCUGAAUCAUUCAGGGACAAUGGGGUUGGACCAAUACCAAAGCGAUGGAAAGGAGGGUGUGAACCAGGAGAAAAGUUCAAGUCAACCAAUUGCAACAAAAAACUUAUUGGAGCCAAGUACUAUAUCAAUGGGUUUCUUGCUGAAAACGACGGAUUCAAUUCCACAAAAUCACCUGAUUACAUUUCUGCUAGAGACUUUAACGGCCAUGGAACGCACGUCGCCUCCAUUGCUGGUGGUUCAUUUAUUCGUAACUUGAGCUACAAGGGACUCGCCGGAGGAACCUUGAGAGGUGGUGCACCACGUGCUCGGAUAGCAAUGUACAAGGCUUGUUGGUAUCUUGAAGAGCUGGAAGGAGUGACUUGUUCAUUUUCUGAUAUCAUGAAAGCAAUGGACGAUGCUAUUCAUGAUGGUGUUGAUGUUUUGUCACUCUCUCUAGGUAGCCGGGUUCCUCUGUUUUCCGAAACUGAUUUGCGUGAUGGGAUUGCUACUGGAGCAUUCCAUGCAGUAGCAAAGGGUAUUACGGUUGUUUGUGCUGGUGGUAACAGUGGCCCAUCAGCUCAGACCGUUGUGAACACGGCUCCUUGGAUAGUAACAGUGGCUGCGACCACUCUAGACCGGUCAUUUGCUACACCUAUUACACUUGGGAACAAUAAAGUGAUAUUGGGUCAAGCAAUGUACACCGGUCCGGAACUUGGCUUUACUAGUUUGGUUUACCCAGAGGAUCCAGGAAACAGUAAUGAGACAUUUUCUGGUGAGUGUGAGUCCCUUAAUCUCAACUCCAACCGUACAAUGGAUGGGGAAGUUGUGCUGUGUUUCACAACAACAACAGGUUACAGUACUGUAUCAAGAGCUGCGUCUUUUGUGAAAAGAGCUGGCGGUAUUGGACUGAUCAUUGCAAGAAAUCCGGGGUACACUCUCAAUCCAUGUAAAGAUGAUUUCCCCUGUGUGGCUGUCGACUACGAGCUUGGGACUAAUAUACUUUUCUACAUACGUUCCAAUGGAUCACCUAUUGUGAAAAUACAACCUUCAAGAACAAUCGUAGGACCACCUGUGGGGACAAAGGUGGCAACUUUUUCGUCAAGAGGACCUAACUCGAUUUCUCCCGCGAUUCUAAAACCAGACAUAGCAGCACCGGGAGUGCGCAUAUUAGCUGCUACAUCUCCCAAUGGCACCUUCAAUGCUGGAGGAUUUGCUUUGUAUUCAGGAACAUCAAUGGCGGCUCCAACAAUUUCAGGAGUUAUUGCACUUCUCAAAGCUUUGCAUCCUGAUUGGUCCCCUGCUGCUUUUAGAUCAGCUAUUGUCACUACAGCUUGGAGAACAGAUCCGUUUGGAGAGCAGUUACCUGCUGAAGGGUCAUCUCGCAAAGUAGCUGACCCGUUUGAUUACGGUGGAGGCCUUGUGAACCCAGAGAAAGCUGCAGAACCUGGUCUCAUAUACGACAUGGGCCCAAAAGACUACCUUCUCUACUUAUGUUCUGUCGGUUACAACGACUCAUCUAUCUCUCAGCUUGUCGGUAAAAGAACAGUCUGUACAGACCCAAAACCUUCUGUUCUAGAUAUGAACUUGCCUUCAAUCACCAUUCCAAAUCUCAAAGAUGAAGUCGUUCUCUCAAGAACCGUCACUAACGUUGGACCAGUUAAUUCUGUCUAUAAAGUCGUUGUCGAGCCUCCGCUUGGGGUUAGAGUGGUUGUGACGCCCAAGAAACUAGUGUUUAACUCCAAAACCAAAAGUGUCUCGUUUUCCGUUCGAGUCUCGACCACACACAAAGUCAACACUGGGUACUACUUCGGAAGCUUGAUUUGGACUGACAAUGUGCAUAACGUGAUUAUUCCUGUGUCUGUGAGAACGCAGAUUCUGCAGAACUACUAUGAUGAGAACUGA